AAAAUGUAAAAGAGAAAAAAAGAAAACGGAAAUCGUUGAAAACUUAUCGACCUGAAUAUUUGAAAACAUUUAUUUGUUUUAUAGCACUAUUUAUAUCAUUAUUUUUAAAUCAACUUGUGAUUUGUCUAGCUCAUGAUGUUACUAGUAGAGAUGCCUUACCGGACUUGGUAUUUGCAAUAAUACCGCAGCAAGAAUGGGCUUUAGCUGUCGGAGAUAUGCUAACCGGGAUCGCGGGUGUUCUUGCACUCGGAUUUAUUAUUGUGUUUCAUCGAUAUCGAUUUAUCGUUUUACGUCGACUGAUAUUCACUGUAACUGUACUGUAUACAUUUCGGGCUGUUUGCUUAGCUGUUACGCAUAUACCGGCAAGUUACGAUAAUAAUUACCAUAAAUGUGUAAAACCAAAUCAUCAAGCAACAAUAUUGAGUGUUCUGAGACGAUUUGCACAACACUCUUUCAAGCUGGGCCUACAAAUCAAUGAAAAUGGUAAGCUGAUCUGUGGUGAUCUUCUCUUUUCCGGACAUACAAUAUUUGUUUCCACAACAACAUUCUAUUUCAAUCACUAUUCACCACAUUCCAUUUGGCCGUUAAGAUGGUGCUUAAUAUUGAUGUGCAUUGGAGGUAUGAUAUGCUUAUCAAUAUCACGAACACAUUAUAGCGUUGAUGUGUUAAUUGCUUACUGGUUAUCCAGUUUCCUUUUCAGCCUUUAUCAUUCAUUCAUUCUGUUACCGCAUCAAAUACGUAUCCGAACACGUGCCUAUCGUCGUUUGCUACUAUUUUGGACGAUGUACGAAUUGGAAGUGAAUGUACCGUCGGGACGUUUACGAAAUGAAAUAGAAUGGCCAUUACGGUGGCCGAAAUGUCUGAAACAAUGUGUGAGCAAUUGGAAUCGACGAGAUGUGGAAACGAUAGCUGGUUCUAUUGCAGAGAAAUUAGAUGCGCAUCGUAUCAAGACACAUUUGUAG